GCCUUUUUGAAUACAUUAAAAUUAUUAUGGGAAAUAGUCAAACAAAAUUCUUGUUCAAAGUGUAAGUUAUUGGUUUCCUUAAGAGGAGUCAAUUGUUUUAAACGCAUGCCAUAAUUAUCAUUAAACUCAUACUUAAUUAUUAAUGACUCUUGUAUAAGUAAUUAAUACACAAUUAAUCAAAAUCUCAUUCAUUUUGUUGAAAAUAAACCACAUACCAUAUAAAGAUCCUUCUCAAUGCAAACAGUUUCACUACCAUUCUCAAAUCAUAUCAGACACAUAAAACGCUUUCUAACACAGACGACUCCGACUCCGACUAUGGGAAAUAAUAGCAAUGAAGCUUGUGACACCAGGCUCACACUUGGACUUGCUACAAGUGAUCAUCAUAAGAAAAAAAUUACAUGUCUAGAUCUAUCUAUUAUUCCUCUACAUGACACCAGCAAGAUUGAUGGAUCUAGCUCAAAAACUUGUAAAAAUUAUACCAAAUUUAACAGUGAAAGUAAGAAGAUUGGUAUGAGAAAGAAACUGAGGCUUACAAAAGAACAAUCAACUUUGCUCGAAGACAGUUUCAAACAGCACACUACACUCGCUAUGGGUCAGAAACAAGAACUUGCAGCAAAAUUAAAACUCAAACCAAGACAAGUAGAAGUUUGGUUUCAAAAUAGAAGAGCAAGGACUAAACUGAAGCAAACAGAAGUAGAUUGUGAGUUCAUGAAGAAAUGGUGCCAGAGUCUGAAUGAUGAAAAUAAUAGGCUAAAGAAAGAAUUGCAAGAGCUAAGAUCAAUCAAGAUUGAUCAACGGGCGCCGACGCCGACGCCGUUUCAUCUUUCUAAGACUAGGACACUGGCUCUGUGUUCAUCAUGCCAGAAAAUUUCAGGAGGUGACACUGAUGAAAAACAUGAAACAGGACUGGAUGAUGGAUUGUCCAAAAGAGCAAAUUGAAACAAAAAUCUUGUUUAUGGAAAGAAGAAAUAAUAGAGCCCAUUAUUUACCACAAAGUUGUUAUUUAAAACAAAGCAUGACAUGCUAAUAUAGAUAUUCAAUCUUACAAACAUGAAAUGAACCUUUAUGUUUCUCUAGUUCAUCAAUGUUUGGUUGAUAAUGUAUAGUACAAGCUUUUAAAAUCUGCUUAUUUCAGAAAGUGCUUUCGAAAAAUAGCAGAUUGUAUCCAGAGAAAAGCUCUGAUACUUUCAACUUUCUGAAAAUUUCCUGCUAGUACUCAAAAGCACUUACGCGUUCUCUAACACCUCAACUCUCUAAAAUAAGCACUUUCAAAAAGCAGCAGCAAAAA